GUGACAGCGCACGCGCGCAUCCGCAGUUCUAAACUCUCUAAACGUUAAAACUCAGUGCCACGAGUGACAACAACAUGGUGAAGUUCGAAGGAGACUUCAGUAUAAACUCUAUACUGAUGAACCACGCGGUUAGCAAGCCGCCGCCGUCGCCGACCGCCUCUUCAACGGGCGCGUCGCACUCGGAAGCGGAUCUCAGCGACUCGGAACUCGACGUGAUCGGCACCGAACCUGUAGACUGCUCCAAACCAAAGGACAACGACGAAAAAAAGGACAAGAAACACGAGAAACCAGCGUACAGUUACAACGCUCUGAUCAUGAUGGCGAUCCGCAACAGCCCCGAGAAACGGCUCACGCUCAACGGCAUCUACGAAUACAUCAUGACCAACUUCCCUUACUACAGAGAGAACAGACAGGGCUGGCAGAACUCCAUCCGGCACAACCUCAGCUUGAACAAGUGCUUUGUGAAAGUGCCCCGGCAUUACGACGACCCUGGAAAGGGUAACUAUUGGAUGUUGGACGCGUCAGCCGAAGAUGUGUUCAUCGGUGGCACGACGGGGAAGUUGCGACGGCGCUCGGCUUUGAACGGGCGGUCGCGGCUCGCUUGUUUCAAACGGCCUCUGUUCCCCGGUGCUCCACUGCCCGCCGGGUAUCCUCCUACGACGUACUCCCAGCUAGUGGGUCUCUACUCGCAGCUGUUGUACCAGCGCUACGCCCCGAUGCAGAUGAAGACUCCUCCAGUUGCGCCGAACGCGCUGCACCCGGCGUUCCGCGGCGCUGAGACUAUGGGUUACGCCGCUUUACCAUACUCGCCAGCGCUGUACGCUGAGCGAAUGCAAGCGCCUUUCUUAAGCCAAGCGCCGCUUGUCCAGACGUCGUCGCUGAUGCCGCCUUCCUCCCCGGCGUCGGGCGCGUCCAGCCCCGAGCUACCGUCGCCUUCACACCACCCCCUAACUCCUCACAUCUACAAACCCAUCACAGUGCUCUCAAGACAGUGAUUCCAGCCCCCCGUCGAGUAUUCAGACUUUAUCUGUGAUCUAGUUAGUUAGAAUAGAGACCAGUGGACGUGAGAAUCUCAAACGUUAUUUGCAAUAUUAGGCACGUCGUUAAUUUUACCUCACCAUGUAGCAUUCCGCUAUUGUACAAUCUCUCCUAGUUGUUAUGAUUGUGUAAAUAAUUCCAAAGUGUAUAGGUAUUUAUUGAAAUUAGUUUUAAAGUCUAAUGUUAAGAGAGUUAAAAGAAG